AUGAUUCAUAUGCACCCCACUCCUGCUAUCUCAUCAUUUCGUGUUUUCUUUACUACACUCACUAAGAAACAACACUAUGAUCAACUCCUUUCACUUUACUCGAGGUUCGUUUCAGCUGGGCUAUUGUUUGAUUUUAUUAUUUUGAACAUUGUCAUCAAUAUCUUAUGCAAAAGAGGUAGGGUUUAUGAUGGUUUUGUUAUUUUUGGGAGUAUUUUUAGGAGGGGUUUUCACCCAAAUGCUGUGACUUUUACUUGUCUCAUUAAUGGUCUUUGUAUGGAGGGUAAGAUUAAGAAGGCAAUUGAGUUGCUUAGGAAAAUGGGUUCUUUUGGUUGUACGCCUGACGUAAUUACAUUUGGGACUUUGAUUACUGGGUUGUGUCGAACAGGCAAUAUCACUGAUGCCCUUCAGUUAUUUGAAGAAAUGGUUAAUGGGAAUGGUGAAUUUGGUGUCAUUUGUAAGCCUAAUCUUGUUUGUUAUGCUAGUAUUAUUGAUGGUCUUUGCAAAUAUGGUUUAAUAGACAAGGCAAAAGAACUGUUGACAUUUAAUGUGGUAAUGGAUGAAAUUUGUAAGAAUGGAAAGAUAGACGAAGCCAAUGGAUUGCUCCAACUGAUGAUUAAUAGAGGUGUUCAUCCCAACACAAUUACUUAUAAUACAAUUUUGAAUGGUUAUUGCUUGGAAGGUAGAAUUGACGAUACAAGAAAGCUAUUUGAUUCCAUGGUGAAUAAGGGAUGCAUACCUAAUGUAGUUACCUACAGUACUCUAAUCAAUUGGUAUAGUAAGAAUCGUAAAGUUGAUGAAGCUAUGAGUCUUUAUAGAGAAGUGACUUCAAAGGCAGUUAGGCCAACAAUUGUUACUUAUAGCACCUUACUGACUGGCCUUUUUAUGAUUGGUAAUGUCGGACAUGCAAGGAAACUAUUUGGUGAGAUGCAAUGCAAUAAUGAUCAUCCCGAUUUAAUUACGUAUAAUAUUCUCAUUGAUGGAUUUUGCAAAACUGGUUGUGUUUUGGAGGCUAUUGAACUAUUGCGAAAUAAAGGCUUUGUUCUAGAUGUUGUGACAUAUAACAUUCUAAUGGAUGGGCUUUGUAAAGAAGGGAACUUAGAAAUGGCAAGUAAUUUGUUAUCAGAUGUGGAGCAAAAUGGUUGUGCUCCAGAUGUAGUCAUAUUUGGUACGCUUAUGUCUGGUUUCUUGCAAAAUAACGAGACUUCAAAAGUGGUUGAACUUCUUCACAAAAUGAAUCAGAGAAAUCUGAAGCUAGAUGCAUGCAUAGCUUCGAUAAUUAUAGAUUUACUGGGAAAGGAGAAAAUUAUCGCAAAUUCUUAA